AUGAUGGAUCGGCGCGUACUACCAGAGAACCUGUUCCCACAAGGUCUGGGAGGUGCAUUGAGGUGCAGGGAGUCCGCGGCUAGGCUGCGCGGUGAGCAGAGCAAUGCGCUCGGAACGCUCGCCGUCGCUGCAACAAACUGCAGCAAUUCUAAAAUCAGUGGUGCAGUGGUGGUGGACGGUGAUAGCGGUGAGGAAGCGUGGACGGUGAUGGCGGUGAUGGCGACGAGGGCGCGAGGGCGGCGAAAGCGCGAGGGUGUUGGGUUGGUGCGCCGCGUGCACGUUCGCUCACCCGCGCGGGCCUCUCGGCAGAACAACACUUGUUGCGGAAAUAGCGGCGAAAAGCAUUCGCGCAUUGAGCCGCGUCACGCGCCAGCCGCCGACACCGCCACGCAAUCACCUCAAACCGCCAAACGUUAUCGUCAUUCCCACAUUCAAAACCUUAUCUUCGCUUAUUGUGACUUUAAUUACAAUGGGAGUGCAAAUUUCAACUCAUUUAAGUACUAG